UACUCCACUUAUGACAUUAAUAUCCCGCUCUUUUUCUCUCCCCUAAACCCAGAGAUUUCUAUUCCUCCUCCCUUGUCUGCAUUGGAUUAAGAAAUGCAAGAUCAAGCGACGAGUUCAAUUGCGGCCAAUUCUCUGCCGUCGAGCAGUGAAAGGUCUUCAAGCUCUGCUUUUCAAAUUGAAGUCAAAGAAGGUUUGGAGAGUGACGAAGAGAUCAGGAGGGUGCCGGAGAUCGGAGGAGAAGCCGUCGGAACUUCCUCAUCUGGUAGGAACGGCGGAUCAACGGCCGGACUGGACCGCGCUAAGGCCACCGGCGAAGGUGGACAAAGAAAGAGAGGUAGAAGCCCAGCAGACAAGGAGCACAAGAGGCUUAAAAGGUUGUUGAGGAACAGAGUGUCAGCGCAGCAAGCAAGGGAGAGGAAGAAGGCUUACUUGACUGAGUUGGAAACAAGAGUCAAAGACUUGGAAAAGAAGAACUCGGAGCUGGAGGAGAGACUGUCCACGUUACAGAAUGAGAAUCAGAUGCUUAGACAUGUAUGUCUCAUCACCUUCGCCAUUAAAUCAUCAUCAUCAUCAUCAUUGUUUUAUGAAUUCUAGUGGUUUAGUUUGAUAAAACCCAUAGGAAAUAUAGAUCAACUGACAAGGAAGCAUGUAGUUUAGGGUCAAUUAAUGGACCUGACCCUUUAUUUUUGGGCCUUUAAUCUUGUGACUUACUUGAAAAAACCCACUUUAUUCAGAACUUUUCCUGUGCCAUUCUUGGACUGAUGAUUAAGUUGGUUGGGUCUUAAUU